CAACAUGGGCUGGCGCCUGGUCACCACUGUCAGCAGCUGGAUCCCAUGUUUGUGUGGUAGUGCUCCUUGUCUGGUGUGCUCAUGUUGUCCAACUGGGAGAGCUUCAAUUGUAACACGAUUGGUGUAUACAACUAUUUUAUUAAUUGGUACAUCUCUGGCCGGCAUUAUGCUUGUACCUGGAGUGGAAGAUCAAUUAAGAAAGAUUCCAGGAUUCUGCGAGUUUGGUGAUAAUACCCAAUUGCCUGAAGAGGAUGAUCCUGCAGUUUGCAGAGUGUUGGUUGGUUACAAGUCCGUGUAUCGGACCUGCUUCGGAAUGGCCACUUUCUUUUUGUUGUUAGCUCUGCUUAUGAUCAAUGUGAGAAACAGCAAAGAUCCCAGGGCCUUGGUGCACAAUGGUUUCUGGCUAUUCAAGUUUGGAGCACUUGUAAUACUAAUGGUUGGUGCAUUUUAUAUCCCAGAAGGUUACUUCAGUCGAGUGUCAUUUGGAAUUGGUUCAGCGGGUGCUUUUUGUUUCAUCCUCACACAACUUGUACUGCUGGUCGACUUUGGCAACUCCUGGAAUGAAUCCUGGCUGAAAAAAUCAGAAGAGGGUGGAUCACGAUGUUGGUACUUUGCACUUCUAUCAUUUACAUGUCUGAAUUAUGUUUUGUCAUUAACCACUGCAAUCCUCUGCUAUGUGUUUUACACUGCAGUAGACGGGUGUAUUGAAAAUAAAUUUGUUAUUAGCUUCAACGCACUUAUUAGUGUUGUGGCCUCGUUAAUAUCAGUUCAUCCAAAGAUCCAGGAAUUUCAGAUCUGUACUGGCCUUCAACCUUCCAUUAUCACUCUAUAUAUUAUGUACCUUACAUGGUCAGCAAUGACAAAUGAGCCUGAUGAUAAAUGCAAUCCCAAGAUAAUGAGCUUUUUUGAGCAGACAUUUUCCAGCACCGACUUUGAUAACAAUACUGCAAUCACAACUGAUGCCUCAAACACAGGACUGAGAUGGGAUUUCCAAAGCACUGCCGGAUUGGUCUUGUUUCUUAUUUGCAUCUUAUAUUUAAGCAUUAGGAAGUCAAGCUGCACACAGAGGCAUGUCAACUCCAUCAAUAAUCCUGAUGCUGGAUCUUUGGAAAAUAUAUCCAUCCAGGAGGGAUGCGAAGAAGUGCAUCGCUUUCAGGACAACGAAAAGGAAGGGGUUCAUUACAGUUACUCUUUUUUCCACUUUAUUCUUUUUCUGGCAUCCAUGUAUGUUAUGAUGACACUGACCAAUUGGCACAGUCAUAGGCCUGAUUUCAAGAGCAUUUCAAGCAGUUGGAUUGCAGUGUGGAUGAAGAUCACUUCUAGCUGGGUCUGCAGUUCCCUUUACAUCUGGACUCUUCUGGCUCCUCUGGUUCUUUCCAAACAAGAGGAUUUUGAAGAACGCAUUAACUGAGAACCAGUGGAGAAAGCAGCAUGAAAGAGGAGUUCAUUUACUCACUCCUGAGAUACUUAAUAACUUCUUUCUUAGUAAAUAACAGCUUUAUACCAAUUAUCUAAGUUAAAUGUCCAUACUCAAACAACCAUUAAUCUUCGUGGCCAAAGAACAUGCAUCAGCUGUUAUUGAUAAAUUUGUUAAUGAUUUAACCAUGCAAACCCAGUUCAUUGGAUAUCUUCUAUUGGUGAGAACGAACAUUCAGUUGUUUGUGCAACUCCAUGAGGUAUAUAUAUAUAUUUACAUGUAUGUUUGUGUGUUCACACUCCAUAACUUGCACGUACAGUUGCAAAGAUUAAGAGAGUACAGAGGGAUUGUCGACUAACAAUAUAAAUUGUGCUUGAAAGGUCACAAAGAUUGAUAAUUUUAUUUAGUCAUUGGUCAUUAGUAGUUCUGAGCUUUUAUCAUGAACUCUACCUUUGCUUGUGUCUAUAGUCAACCUCUUAUGGCCUGUAAUAAUCAUCUUGUCUAUUAAAAAAUGUUAUUG